AUGGAACGAUUUUUCUUAGUUAAGCCUUGGAUAAAGAAAAAAGUGUUAUGUUACCUAUUAAAUGAAGAAUAUAAUAAAACGCCAGUUAGGGCACAAGUUUUACGGUUUACUAAUUCUCAAGAAGAAUUAGAACCAAAUGAAUUAGUGUCAGCAGAAAUUCACGACAAUCAACAUUUUAUUAAAUGUCUUUUUACGAACGAAAGCGUUCUUGAUUUUGAAUGUAAAAAUAUUCCUGAAGAAACAGAAGGAAAAUCCUUUUUACAUAUUUGUGAAGAGAUGGAAGUUAAAGAGUCCCUUCAAGCUCAAGUUGUUAAAGAUAAAAAACAAAGUCCCCUUGACCAUCCUGGUUGGAACGAUUUUGGGACCAUGUUUUAUAGUAAUUCGGUUGACAUUCAUAUUAUUCCACCGGAUCAGUUAAGAACCAUGAGAAAUAUUCCGGGGUGGAAUUUUUUACCGAGAAAUAAUAAUGACGAAGAUAUAUCUAGUAGUAGUGAAGAAUACGAAACCGAAUCGUCCGCAUCUACGGAGUGGAACCCCGGUUCUCCAGAAUCAUCACGAUAUGACUCGGAUGGGAAAAUUAGCCUUAACGAUGAAGAUUUCGCCAUUAUAAUUAAAGGAAAUUAUUUAAAUUCUCAGCGGUCAAGUGCUGAAGAAGAGGAAAAUGAAAAUAAUCGAGCGGACACUGUGAAAUAUGAGGAAGCUCAUUCCACACAAAAUAAAAGAAAGAAUCUUGAAAAGGAUUCUGAUGACAGUGUAGCUAUAAAGAAACAAAAAAAAUUCUAUGACUUCUUUCUGUAG